GUCAAGUUUAACGGCAGCUUGCAUCCAAAACUGUUGCAUUACUGCCAGGUUGCCCUUUUUUUUUUUAGCUACUCUACCUUUGUGGUCUUCACGGUGUUUUUCUUUCACAUCUUCCGCAGAUAGACAAAUAGUAAAAUUUUAGAUUUUUUUCCACCCCUUCUUAGAUCUCUACAGAAUUCCGUGAACUUUCCCAUUGUUUUGAGUGUCGGUCAGUCCAGUGAGAGCUAAUCGCAAAUCCUUUUUAUGCUACACCCACCAGUUGCAGUCAAUCAUGAUCACUAAUGAGAAAUUAACAGGCCUUGACUAUUUCAAGUCAUAAGACAUUAUAGAACCCUCAGCGCUACUUGUUAAAAGAUUUAAAUGAGUGUAUGUACAUAUUGGGCCUGUAUGUAUACUGUUGACACUGUGUGGAUUAGAGAAAAUCCUAAAUAUAAUAUAACAUAAAAUCUUCUGUCAAAGUGCAUAAUCUUGGUUUAAGGGCAGACCACAUCUCUGAAGCACAGCCUCCAGCAGUGCCUGUGAAGAGAUGUGAUGUUUAUGACAUUUCCACCACUGUGUUGUCUGACCUUUUCUAUCACAGUCUUUGAACUGGCCCCAACAGCGAAUUAAAAAACAACAAACAGGAGGGUACAGGUCAAAAGGGAAAGCCAGGAGCAUCUCUGAGCAGAUGCUCCUGUAUAACCUGAGCUGUUUAGAUCAGACAAUGUCAGGAAAGAUGUGCAGCAGCAGCAGCAGUGUUAUUCAGGCACAAAAACUAGUGGAUCAACUUCGGGUAGAGGCAAGCAUGGAGAGAUUCAAGAUCUCUCUGACAGCAGCAGAUUUAGUCCAGUACUGUCAGGAGCACAGGCGCAGUGACCCCCUGCUUACCGGCAUAGCUGCUUCAUCCAAUCCCUUCAAAGAUAAGAAGACCUGUUUGAUUCUUUGACAGCUCCCAGACGGCGCUGUGAGGAAAACCUCUGUCCGAGAACGCAACCACGAACAUGUACUGUGUAAAAGAUACUACAUGUUCUCAUCUGGAAAAUCACGAAAGAAUCCACACACUUGAUUUUUAGAACUUUUAAUGCUGUCUUCUGUGGAAACAGUCUCUCAGCAUGUUUGUAAAUGGAUUUUUGGUCAAUAGUAAAAACACACACAGCAUAUGGACACAAAUAAUAACACUUUCCUGACUGUAUUCAAUUAAAUAGCUAUAGAAAUACAAUCAGUUUGUCACAGAGCAAUAAUUAGUUUACUGUACAUGAAAUGUUUAAGUAAUUAUUCUUGUAUAAUGCCAGUUUACAUAUGAGAUUCAAUAAAGGUAUUAUAAUUACAAAC